AUGAAGGGCGGCGAUCAGGCUUACAGCCGAGGUCCCUCUUUGGGCUGGUUCUUUGCUAAAUGCUGCUGUUGCUUCCCUUGUAGAGAUUCAUACUCUCACUCUUCCAGUGAAAAUGGAGGCAAGUCCGAGUCUGUGGCCAACCUUCAGUCUCAGCACUCCCUGAACUCCAUCCACAGUUUCCCUGGUCCCAAGCGGUCCACCAACACCCUUAAAAAGUGGCUAACCAGCCCCGUGAGGCGGCUCAACAGUGGAAAAGCUGAUGGAAACAUCAAAAAGCAGAAAAAAGUGUGUGAUGGGCGGAAGAGCUUCGACCUGGGAUCACCCAAGCCUGGGGAUGAGACAACCCCUCAGGGAGACAGCGCUGACGAGAAGAGCAAGAAGGGUUGGGGCGAAGAUGAGCCAGAUGAAGAGUCACACACACCCCUUCCUCCGCCUAUGAAGAUCUUUGACAACGACCCCACCCAGGAUGAGAUGUCCUCCUCUUUGCUAGCAGCCCGGCAGGCUUCCACUGAAGUACCUACUGCGGCAGACCUUGUCAGUGCAAUAGAAAAAUUGGUCAAAAGCAAGCUGACUCUGGAAGGAGGCUCUUAUCGGGGGAGCUUGAAGGACCCCACAGGCUGCCUGAAUGAGGGGAUGACCCCUCCCACACCUCCUAGAAACCUGGAAGAAGAACAGAAAGCCAAGGCUCUGAGAGGCAGGAUGUUUGUCCUGAAUGAGCUGGUACAGACAGAAAAGGACUAUGUCAAGGACUUGGGGAUUGUGGUGGAGGGCUUCAUGAAGAGAAUAGAAGAGAAGGGGGUCCCUGAGGAUAUGCGAGGAAAGGACAAGAUCGUGUUUGGAAACAUCCACCAGAUUUAUGACUGGCAUAAAGAUUUUUUCCUGGCUGAACUGGAAAAAUGUAUCCAAGAGCAAGACAGACUGGCUCAGCUCUUCAUUAAACAUGAGCGGAAGCUACACAUCUAUGUGUGGUACUGCCAGAACAAGCCGCGUUCCGAGUACAUUGUGGCUGAAUACGAUGCCUACUUUGAGGAGGUUAAACAAGAGAUCAACCAAAGGCUGACCCUUAGUGACUUCCUUAUCAAGCCCAUUCAGAGAAUAACAAAGUACCAGUUGCUACUCAAGGACUUCCUGCGAUACAGUGAGAAAGCUGGUUUGGAGUGUUCAGAUAUCGAGAAAGCAGUGGAGUUAAUGUGCCUUGUUCCCAAGCGCUGCAAUGACAUGAUGAAUCUGGGACGCCUGCAGGGCUUUGAGGGCACCCUGACUGCCCAAGGCAAGCUUCUGCAGCAAGACACGUUCUAUGUGAUUGAGCUGGAUGCUGGCAUGCAGUCCCGGACCAAGGAGAGGCGUGUGUUUCUCUUUGAGCAGAUCGUCAUCUUCAGUGAACUGCUCCGAAAGGGGUCCCUCACCCCAGGCUACAUGUUCAAAAGGAGCAUCAAGAUGAAUUACUUGGUCCUGGAGGAGAAUGUUGACAGUGACCCCUGCAAGUUUGCACUCAUGAACAGGGAGACUUCAGAGAGGGUCAUUCUGCAGGCUGCCAACUCAGACAUCCAGCAGGCCUGGGUGCAGGACAUCAAUCAAGUCCUAGAAACACAGAGGGACUUCUUAAAUGCACUACAGUCACCCAUUGAGUAUCAGCGGAAGGAAAGGAACACAGCUGUGGUCCGCUCCCAGCCCCCUAGGGUUCCACAAGCCAGCCCCAGACCCUACUCUUCUGUCCCUGUGGGCUCAGAGAAGCCCCCCAAGGGCUCCAGCUACAACCCACCUCUGCCACCCCUGAAGAUAUCUACCUCCAAUGGCAGUCCAGGGUUCGACUACCACCAACCUGGGGACAAGUUUGAAGCUAGCAAGCAGAAUGACCUGAGCGGCUGCAAUGGGACCUCAUCCAUGGCUGUAAUCAAAGAUUACUAUGCACUGAAAGAAAACGAAAUUUGUGUGAGCCAAGGUGAGGUGGUCCAGGUCCUCGCCGUCAACCAGCAGAACAUGUGCCUGGUGUACCAGCCUGCCAGCGAUCAUUCCCCAGCAGCAGAAGGCUGGGUCCCAGGCAGCAUCCUGGCACCCCUCACCAAAGCCACAGCAGCGGCAGAAAGUAGUGACGGGAGUAUCAAGAAGUCAUGUUCAUGGCAUACUCUACGCAUGAGAAAGCGGGCAGAAGUGGAGAACACGGGUAAAAAUGAAGCCACAGGGCCUCGUAAACCCAAGGAUAUUCUGGGCAACAAAGUCUCUGUUAAAGAGACGAACAGUUCCGAGGAAUCAGAGUGCGAUGAUCUUGACCCUAAUACUAGUAUGGAGAUCUUAAAUCCAAAUUUCAUCCAAGAAGUGGCUCCAGAAUUCCUUGUGCCCUUAGUAGAUGUGACCUGCUUGCUUGGAGACACAGUGAUACUGCAAUGCAGAGUCUGUGGGCGGCCAAAGCCCAUCAUCACCUGGAAGGGUCCAGACCAGAACAUCCUAGACACUGACAACAGUUCAGCCACAUACACCAUCUCCUCCUGUGAUUCUGGGGAAAUCACCCUCAAGAUCUGCAACCUGAUGCCCCAAGACAGUGGGAUCUAUACCUGCAUAGCAACAAAUGACCACGGAUCUGCAUCCACGUCGGCUACAGUUAAGGUGCAAGGUGUUCCCGCAGCCCCCAACAGGCCCAUUGCUCAGGAGAGGAGCUGCACCUCUGUCAUCCUCCGCUGGCUGCCCCCAGCCAGCACCGGGAACUGCACUAUUUCGGGGUACACGGUGGAGUACCGCGAGGAAGGUUCCCAGGUCUGGCAGCAGUCUGUAGCCUCGACCUUGGACACUUACCUCGUCAUUGAAGACCUUAGUCCCGGAUGCCCUUAUCAGUUCCGCGUCAGUGCCAGCAAUCCUUGGGGAAUCAGCCUUCCCAGUGAAGCUUCAGAAUUUGUGCGCCUUCCGGAGUAUGAUGCAGCCGCUGAUGGUGCCACCAUUUCUUGGAAGGAAAAUUUUGAUUCUGCUUACACCGAACUGAACGAGAUUGGCAGAGGCCGCUUCUCUAUUGUAAAGAAAUGCAUUCACAAAGCUACCCGAAAAGAUGUUGCUGUGAAAUUUGUGAGCAAAAAAAUGAAGAAGAAAGAGCAGGCUGCCCAUGAGGCUGCUCUGCUUCAGCACCUGCAGCACCCCCAGUAUGUCACUCUCCAUGACACCUACGAGUCCCCCACGUCCUACAUCCUGAUUUUGGAACUAAUGGAUGACGGCCGACUCUUGGACUACCUUAUGAAUCAUGAUGAGCUUAUGGAAGAAAAAGUGGCUUUCUAUAUCCGAGACAUCAUGGAAGCUCUGCAGUACCUUCACAACUGCAGGGUGGCUCACUUAGACAUAAAGCCUGAAAACUUGCUCAUUGACCUCCGGAUCCCAGUGCCUCGAGUAAAGCUCAUCGACUUGGAAGAUGCUGUCCAGAUCUCAGGCCAUUUCCACAUACACCAUCUGCUGGGGAACCCUGAGUUUGCUGCCCCAGAAGUGAUCCAAGGCAUCCCCGUCUCCCUGGGCACAGACAUCUGGAGCAUCGGGGUCCUGACGUAUGUCAUGCUUAGUGGGGUCUCCCCCUUCUUAGAUGAGAGCAAAGAGGAGACCUGUAUUAACGUUUGCAGGGUGGAUUUCAGCUUCCCCCAUGAAUACUUCUGUGGUGUGAGCAAUGCUGCCAGAGAUUUCAUCAACGUAAUCUUACAGGAAGACUUCCGGAGGCGGCCCACAGCGGCCACGUGCCUGCAGCAUCCGUGGCUGCAGCCCCACAAUGGCAGCUACUCCAAGAUCCCCUUGGAUACCUCCCGCCUGGCCUGCUUCAUAGAACGCCGCAAGCACCAGAAUGAUGUGCGGCCCAUUCCCAAUGUCAAGAGUUACAUCGUCAAUAGGGUGAACCAAGGGACCUAG